AUCCAAUUUCUCUGUUUUAUUUCAGUUUCUUCCUCCUGCAGAUUCUAGGGUUUUGUUUUAGUCUAUCUUCUCCCUCUGUAACUUCGCUUAGUGAAGAAACUAUAUCCAGGUGAAGAAGAAUGAGGAAGCUUAAGUUUCAUGAGAAGAAGCUGCUGAAGAGAACAAAUUUAUUAGAAUGGAAAAGAGAAGGUGGCCACCGGGAGAAUAUGAUUAUGCACCGAUACCAUAUCGUCGGUCGAGACGAUUACAAGAAGUAUUCGGGUUUGUGCCGAAUGGUGCAUAAGCUGGUAAAUAUAUUGAAGCAGAUGGAUCCCAGAGACCCUUUCCGAAUUGAGAUGACUGAUAUGCUUUUAGAGAAGCUAUAUAACAUGGGCGUAAUUCCAACCAGGAAAAGCUUGGCUCUCUGUGAUCAUUUAUCUGUAUCUUCCUUUAUGAGGCGCAGGCUCUCAACCGUCUUGGUGCGCUUGAAGUUUGCAGAACACUUAAAAGAAGCAAUAACAUACAUUGAGCAGGGACACAUUCGAGUUGGACCAGAGACAAUAACGGAUCCAGCAUUCCUUGUAACAAGGAAUAUGGAGGACUUCAUUACCUGGGUUGACACUUCUAAGAUAAGGAGGAAGGUGCUGGAAUACAAUGACAGGUUGGAUGACUACGAUGCAAUGAACUGAAAGAUAUAGUUGAGAUUUCUGCCUCUUAAUUCUUUGUACUUUCAUCAGUUCAUAUGCUUCAGUUGAUUUUAUGUAGUUGUACUACACUGAUAAUUUAGAUGCUUAAACAGCUUAUUUUAUCCCUUUUAUUGAUAAAUAAUUGAGUUGUCUUUGA